GGGUGUCGCGCAGACUUUGUCCAAGGAACCGUUUCGAACUUGGAUGAUGUCACCAAGGCCAUGAAACAGGCUCAUGGACACCUUAAGGGCAUCUUUCAGAUGUCUAUCGUUCUCCGUGAUCAGAGUUUCCCGCGCAUGACGAAGAGCGAGUGGGAUACUGCUGUUGAUCCCAAGGUUAAGGGAACAUGGAACCUUCACCAGGCCUCCGCGUCCAUUAACGCAGACCCUGACUUCUACGUUAUGUUCAGCUCCCUGUCUGGUAUUUCUGGACAGCCUGGCCAGACUGACUAUGCAGGUGCCAAUACCUUCAUGGACGCCUUUGCUCAGUACCGCUCCAACCUGGAGCUUCCGGCCUGCGCCAUUCAUAUAGGUGCCGUUGAAGAAGUGGGAUAUGUAGCAGAGAAUGAGGGGGUCAUGCAAUGGUUUGCCCAUACUGGUGGCUCAGAGGACGCUAUCUCCGAGCAGGAGCUUCUUGAAGCCGUCGAGGCAGCC